ACCGUCUGACCGAGGUGGGAAGAAACGGCGGGACUCGUGACAGACCGCAGGUCCGCAACCCCAAUUGUUCUCUCUCUCUCUCUCUCUCGUGGUUCUGUGUCUGCGCGAGGGGGAGAGAGGGAUCACGUAUGGCGGUGAGGGUGACGACGACGAGGUUCCCGGCGGACCAGGAGGCGCAGGAGGCGGCAGGGGUCCCGUGGGGGAUUACGGUGACACCUUUCUCCCCCACUGACGAGCUGGGAAACGCCCCGCUGUACGGUGCGGGCGGCCACCUUCUCCCCCGUUGUGACAAUUGCUGGGCCUACUUCAACACCCUCUGCGAGCUCGAGCAAUGGGCGUGGUCCUGUGCCCUCUGCGGCUCCCUUAACGCCCUUUCUGCCGAAGCCAUCACCCGCUACUCUCAGCCGGCCUCCUCCCCGGAGAUGUCCUCCUCAUUCAUCGACCUUGAAAUGCCCGCCGACGAUCAAUGGGGGGAGCCAGAGUUUCGGGGCCGGCCGGUUUACGUUGCUGCUAUCGACUUGUCGUCUUCAGAAGAAUUCCUGGAGCUUGUGAAGAGUUCAUUAUUAGCAGCUCUUGAAGCUCUAGUGCCUGGAUCGUUGUUCGGCCUUGUCACAUUCAGCCAUAAAGUAGGUUUAUAUGAUGUUCAAGGACCUAUACCAGUUGUGAAGAAUAUCUUCAUUCCUCCAGAUGCUGAUGGAGACCUACUCGUCCUGCUUGAAGAUGCAAUGCCAUUGUUGUCCUUCCUAGCUCCUGUAUGUCAAUACCACUUCUGUGGCUAUUACUUUAUAAUGGUGUGUCAGGUGGAAACUUGUAAAGAUCGUAUUGCUGCGGCCCUUGAAACAUUGAAGCCCACAACUUCCUGGGAGCGCACUACAGCUGCAGGACAAGGACUGGAUGGCGUAUUGCUGGGUGGACGGGGUUUUGGAGUAGCAAUGGAAUCUCUCUUUAAUUAUCUUGGAUCUGAAUAUGGCAACACAUUUGCCUUGGCUAGAGUAUUUGCGUUUUUGUCGGGCCCCCCUGAUUAUGGACCAGGACAGUUAGAUACAAGGCGAUAUGGUGAACAAUAUGCUAGUAAAGGAGAGGAUGCUGACCGUGCAUUGCUUCCAGAGCAGACUCCAUAUUAUAAAGAUCUGGCUGCUGUGGCUGUGCAAGCAGGUGUCUGUGUGGACAUAUUUGCUGUUACAAAUGAAUAUUCAGACUUAGCAUCCCUAAAGUUCCUUAGCAUUGAAAGUGGAGGCUCUUUGUUUUUGUACUCGAAUACUGAUGAUUCAACAUUACCUCAAGAUAUGUAUCGGAUGCUGAGUCGUCCAUAUGCCUUUGGUUGUAUAUUGCGCAUUAGGACGUCUUCUGACUUCAAACCUGGUAAUUCGUAUGGCCAUUUCUUUCCAGAUCCACAGUAUGAAAAUGUUCAGCACAUCAUCUGCUGUGAUACCUAUGCCACAUAUGCAUAUGACCUUGAGUUUGCUACUACAACAGGAUUUCCCAGACAUUCUGAUCCACCAGUGAUACAAAUAGCUUUUCAGUAUACAGUUGUGGUGCCACAUGAAGAAACUCCAAGUUCAGGAUCAUCCUCUUCUUUCAAGAACAGCCAUUCUCUUAGGCGACGGCUAAGAAUAAGGACACUGCAGUAUAAUGUGGCACAACAUAUAAAUGAACUUUAUGAUGGUGUGGACUCUGAAGUCGUCCUUUCCAUUCUUGUGCACAAGGUUAUUCAAGUUUCUUUGGAGCAAGGCGUGAGGGAAGGCCGGAUACUUCUUCGUGAUUGGCUGGUUAUUCUCUUGGCUCAGUAUAAUGAUGCCUUCAAGCUUGAGUAUUCUGAAAAUACAAAUUCAACAUCUCGUGUAGAUGUGGCCUUUUCACAAUGUCAAGAAUUGCAGCCAUUACCUCGUCUUAUAUUUGCAUUACUUCGAAAUCCACUUCUUCGAUUUCAUGAAGAAGGUGUACAUCCUGAUUACAGGAUAUAUCUUCAGUGUCUGUUCAGUGCACUGGAUCCAAGUUCACUCAAUCGUGCAGUGUAUCCUGUGUUAACAUCAUAUGCUACUCCAGAUAAACAAGCGUACCCACGGCAUUCCUUGAGUCGUGCUGCUCUAGUAACUAGCGGGUGUCCAAUAUUCUUCUUAGACGCUUUUACCACCCUCAUUGUUUAUUAUUCUUCGACAGCUGAUCCAGCACUACCAUUUCCUCCUCCACAGGACUGUCUUCUGCGAGCCACAAUUAACAAACUGAAGCAAGAAAGAAGUGUCACUCCCAAGCUGAUCUUAAUCCGUGGAGGUCAGGAUGAUGUUUCUCCAUUUGAGCAUUUUCUUAUCGAGGAGCAAGAUGUUGAUGGGAGUGGACUCACAAGUGGAAUGGGUUUUGUUUCCUUCCUUGAGGAGAUCACUCGACAUGUUCUGGACUUGAUGAAAUAAUUGCAGCAAACCUCUUUUACAUUGAAAAAAUAUAUGUCAUUUUUAGUCUUCUGCAGCUGUUGCUACUAGAGAAGCAGUUUUGACUGUUUCCAGUGUAUAACCGAUGGACCUUAUGCUGGCUUCGCUUAUCCUUUCAUCAUAUAUUCCAUACAAUUGAAGCAAUGGUUGGUCUGGAGAAGAUCAAUAUUGCACUGCAUCUGCCCGUGCGUGAACAUGAAUUAUGGCGUUGAAGGUUGUCUGCUUCUAUGUCUAUCCGUGAUGCAUUUAGUGGAUUGACAAUGUGCUCGUUUUAUUUCUAGUUUCCCUUUGUUUAGGAGUUCAUCUUCAAUAGGGGACUCGGUUCGGCUGACAAUAUAGCAGUUCAGCAGGUGUGUGUUACUGCAGGCAAAUAUGCUGUAUUUGUUUCAGAUGCUUAAUAAAAACCACAGCAGAUUGUGUUUAGAUUUUUGAGGAUCGAGUUUUUUGUAAAGAUUGCUGUGAUGUUACUAUUUUCAUGUGUCACCUUUGUUUUUCUUAUUGUAAUUUUGGGGUUCAAGGGAGCCUUUGUACACUUGUGAGUGUUAACGGAUGUUAAGGAACAGGGGAAUUCAUUUUCUUCUUCAA